AUGGAAGGCCACAAAAAACGAACAGGCGGAAAGCCAAAAUCACACCAACGCGACAAAAAGCAUGAGAAGAUUGAAAAACAAGCGAACCCUGACCACACACAAUCCACAGUAUCAGCAAUUGACGAAGCAAAAACUAAAGUAGCCGAACAACUUUCUGCACAAAAACGCGAUUUACGCCCGAAAAUGUUAGGGAUGGAAACUAAAGAAGAGAUCGAGAAACGAAAGGAAUUAGCUGCACUUCCAAUUGAUUUAACAAAACGAGAAAGUAAACAACGAGCCAUUCCAUUUUUUGAAUCAAUAGGAGAGGAAUUGGAAAUUAUAACACGACCGCCCUGGAACUAUUCGAUGAGUAAAGACCAACUUGACCAAAACGAAAAGACUCAAUUCUCCGAAUGGAUAGAACGAUUGUUAGAUUGUAAUGAGAAAUUGAAUUAUUUUGAAAGUAAUUUAGAGACGUGGAGACAAUUAUGGAGAGUUGUAGAGCGCUCUGAAGUCGUUUUGAUCAUCGUUGAUUGUCGUUUUGGGUGUUUACAAUUCAACACGAAAAUAGCUGAUUGGAUCAAGAAGAGUGGGAAAGGACUUGGGGUGAUUUUAAAUAAAGUAGAUUUGGUUGAUACGGUAAUAGUAAAAAAAUGGCAAACAUAUUUUGAAGAGAAAUUCAGUGUAAAAACGUUACCAGUGAGAACAAACCGAGCCAUUGCUGGACAAGUCGAAGAUUUUGAAGUUGCCGAUCUCAGAAAAGAAAAGACCAAAACACGAAAAAGAGUUGAAGGAGAUAACACCGAGGCUUUAGAGCAGUUUGAGGAUUUUGUGUUUUCAUUACAACCGACUCCCGAGAAGAUCGACAAAAGAGAACCAGACGACGCAGCUACCAAAAACGACUCUGAAGACGAAGAAGAGAAGAUUCUCAAAACUGAAAAAGGGAAUCGACUUGGUGUAGGUCUUAUUGGGAAUCCGAAUGUUGGCAAGUCGUCGCUUUUGAACUUCUUAGUUGGGAAGAAAGUGAGUGGGGUGUCGUCUCACCCUGGCAGAACCAAAUACUUACAGACCUAUCGCCUCGGUACCAAUGUGUUAUUAGUUGAUUGUCCUGGUAUGAUGUUUCCUAUGAAGAACCAACCUUUAUUAAUCCAAGUAAUCAGUGGCGUCUAUCCAUUAAGUCAAUUACGAGAGCCUUAUAGUAUCAUUCGCUUCUUUAUCGAGCGACUUCCCCUUGAAAAGAAUUAUGGAAUCGAAUUGAAAGAAGGGAUGAGUGUCUUACAAUUCGUCGACGAAAUCGCUGAGAAGAAAAAGUAUUUCACGGGCAAAGCGGGGCGACCGGACUCACACAAAGCAGCUCGAGAGAUCUUGUCCGAUUGCAUAAUGGGACGAACAGUAUUCAUGUUCGAUACCCCCGUCGACAAAACAGAAGAAAAGCUCUAA